GUGUUGCCUACGUCAUCAUUCUGCGCCAGUGUUUGUGUGGAAGAUUUGACGAGGAUGCCUUUUGCAACAACAGCUCCAAAUUAAAUCAGUUAUUCAUUUUUUAAAUCUUGUAUUGUUAGUCCGAUGCCAAUUAAACAUGUUUAUGCCAAGAGCUCUCAAGGUGAAGCGAUCCAGUGAGCGUCCAAAUGUCGUUUUACAGAAGAAAAGUAAGACAGAUGAAGAUGAGGCUGUAGGUAGCUCUGAGACACAUGUUCAAAAUGAUGUGUGUGACCAAAAAAUACAGAGUGAAGCCGAGCAUGAGUCUCCUUUACAAGAAUCAGAUGAUGAGGACGAACCCGUGAAAUCAUUCAAGAAGAGCCAGAGAUGGCCAGAGCCUGGGGAACCAGUCUGUGUUAUGUGUGGACGCUAUGGGGAGUAUAUUUGUGAUCGCACAGAUAAUGAUGUCUGUAGUCUUGAAUGCAAAGCCAACCAUCUGGCUAAAAUGGGACUGGGGACUGGGGGAGAAGUCUUCAAUCGUGAGAGUGUUCUUACAGAAGACAGGACAUCUCCCCAUCAGCCUGUUGGUAAUGCAGGUGCCUCUGAACCUGAGUAUUCAUACAAGGAGGACUUUUUCAUAUCAGGCCUGUCUGAGGAACAGGUGAAGCGCAUACAACAGGAGCUGGGCAUCAGUACUAAGGGACAAGAUGUCAUGAAGCCAAUAGUUGAAUUUGAACAUUGCCGCUUCCCAGUGACUCUUGCUGCCAACCUGAAGAAGGCUGGCUAUGAGACUCCAACCCCAGUCCAAAUGCAGAUGGUUCCCGUUGGUCUUAGUGGCAGAGAUGUGAUUGCAACUGCUGAUACUGGCUCUGGGAAGACUGUGGCCUUCUUACUGCCUGUGAUAAUAAAAGCUCUAAAGAAAAAGGUCCAAACUGUGAGCAGUCCAGUGGCUCUUAUUCUGACCCCCACCAGGGAGUUGGCAAUUCAAAUUGAGAAACAAACCAAAGAACUGAUUAUGGGACUCCCCAACAUGAGAACUGCCCUGCUGGUGGGUGGUAUGCCACUCCCUCCACAGCUGCACCGCCUCAAAAGAAGUAUCAAGAUUGUCAUUGCGACACCAGGAAGACUUAUUGAGAUCAUCAAGCAAAAGGCAGUGAUCCUGGACACAGUGGAGAUUGUUGUUGUUGACGAGGUUGACACUAUGUUGAAGAUGGGUUUUCAACAGCAGGUGCUGGAGGUUUUGGAGCAUGUACCUGAGCACCAUCAAACUUUGUUAGUUUCAGCCACUAUUCCAACAGGGACAGAGGAGCUUGCUGCUCGAUUGGUUCAAGACCCCGUUCAUAUUUCAGUUGGGGAGAAAAAUCAACCCUGUGCCAAUGUCAGACAGAUAUUGCUGUGGGUAGAGGAACCCUCUAAGAAGAAGAAGCUUUUUGAUAUACUUCACGACAGUAAACUAUACCAGCCUCCAGUGGUAGUAUUUGUCGACUGUAAACUGGGAGCAGAUCUCUUGUGUGAGGCGGUCGCCAAGGUGACAGGACUAAACUCUGUCGCAAUGCACUCUGACAAGACUCAGUGGGAGCGCAACCGUAUAAUUCGUGGCCUUUUGGAUGGAGAUUUUGAAGUGGUGGUCAGCACUGGUGUGUUAGGCAGAGGCCUGGACUUGGUUAAUGUCAGACUAGUGGUUAAUUUUGACAUGCCAAAUUCAAUGGAUGAAUAUGUACAUCAGGUGGGGCGAGCAGGUCGGCUGGGGCACAGGGGCACAGCCAUCACGUUUCUCAACAACAACAACAAACGACUUUUUCUGGAAGUAGUGAAUAGAGUCAAACCCACAGGUUCAAUUCUGCCUCCACAGCUGCUUAAUUCACCACAUCUCCAUGAGCAACAAAGAAGAGCAAAACUAAAAGCAGAGUCUAAUGACACAGUGGUGACACAGAACAAUAUUAUUGACAUUAUAAAGAAGCAUAAUCAUUCAAAAAAGUAAGUUUCCUUGACAUGUUCUGUCAUUUGUAGAAAAUUGUGUAAGCUGUUAUUAAAAUGUGCACUUUGUAUCAGUUGUUACUUAUAUUUAAAUAAAGACAGUAAUGAUAUUUUUCAGAAGUAU